CCACGGUCACAUGCCCGCAGACCUUUUUAUUCGUGCUACCCGUAAAAAUACCCCGCGCUCUGCUUUAUAAUUUGUUUAUGGGUAUGUUAAGCUUUGGGAGAAAAACUGGAGUGGACGGUGUGAAUUUGCUACCAUGCAAAUUGGUGAGUUACGCUCGUGCACUUUGGGUGGUGACUCGAGUUUUGUCCUCGCGGCAACAGCUGGCUGUCAACUCACAAAAACCAUGAUGUCCCACACUGUAAGUAAAACCACAGGAGCUCUGCCCUACCUGCCUGCAGCCAAUUUUUUCCUCCUUCUUAAAAGACUAAAUAAAACUGCUCAACAGCCUCAAGCUCCGCAAAAUGAAGGAUAGACAGGUGAACACUGAAGGGCCAAAGGGUGGCCUUAACUUUAUGAAAUGAAAUAAUAUUUCAAACCUUAAGAGUUUCCCGUCAGAUGUAAUCUUUUGCCAUAUAAAAAUGCCUUUAAACAUUAGAGCCAAGCCUGCACAGAGCAAGCUGUCUGCAGCCACGAAGAGCAGUGGGCACACCGAUGUCAGUACGUCUCAUUCACGCUUCUCAAGAUCCCCUAAAAUGGGGAAAGGCAAACAGACUGGAACUUCAACUCCAGGCUGCCGUUCGGGGCUGGAACCAGGCUCUGUGUCAGGGGGAGUGCCUGCCCAAGGGUCUAAGACGGUUGGAGGUCAAGGAUCAGGAUCAAGGCUUCAGGGUUCAAAGAGCAAACCUGGCACAGCAGCAGACAAAGGAACAACUCAUGGUUCUGCAACGGCCCCAGGGGGUAAAACCCUGUCUAUGGAGAACAUUCAGUCUUUAAGUGCUGCCUAUGCCACCUCAGGCACCAUGUAUCCCAGUGAACGUGAGGCCUUCGAUCAAUCUGGUGGAUACCCUAAAGGUACCAUGACACUGGGCAGGAGCACAAACCGCUCCUCAUACACUGGCAGAACAACCGUCAUGGGCAGCAGCCCCAACAUUACCUCAUCUGGCCUGGCUCACCCAUCAGACCCCUAUGGAGACCAAACCAUGCUUCCAGGUGGGACCUCCAGUUUACGGCAUCAGUCUGGCAGGCAUCCACGGGACCUCCAGGAUUCAGCUGGACAUGGAGAGGGUUCUACAUUUGACCUCCAUAGUCAGCUGAGGGAACUACAGAGAGAGAAUGACCACCUUAAGAGAGAACUGGAGGGAGGAAGGGAAGGAAGGAUGGGCCACAACGUGAACAAUGUCAACUUCUGGAGCCCAGAAGUAAAGAAGGACAAGGGAGUCAGGAGGGAGGAUGGAGUGAGGACCUCGAUUCUUAAGGACCAGUACAGGACAAACCAGGAGGAUUUGCAGCCUGGGGAAAUAAGAAGAAACAAGCAGCUCCCACUGACAGUUCAGGAGCUUCAGGAGGAGCUCAGGGCUCACAGGGAGAUGAACAGUCGCUUACAGCAACAGCGACAGCACGGGAACUCUGGUCCUCACCGAGAGCCACAUAUGGACCAGGACCACAGAGGGGGGCUGAGCCCUGGACACAGCCCCAGACAAAGCCCCUGUCACCUCAACAGUCCUGGACCAAAGAAAAGCCCAAGAGCCAGCCCAUCCAACACUUACAAUUCAAGGCAACAGGAAGCUGACAUCAUCAUCCACAGCCCUGCUUACGGCUGUAACGCAGCUGUGUCUGCACAGAGAAUCAGCCCAGCCAACACCCUUCAGCCUGUGCCAAGGAGCAGCCCAAAUCAGACUCUGUACAACCCCAACCAAGGCCCAGUGGUACCACCCAGCUCCAGUUUUGUACGACCCUGUAGCCCCUGUCAGGUGCCUGGGUGUGAUGGCUUCUCCUCUCCCCCUCCCCUGGAUCCAUCAGAAGAAAACUUCUUUCGCCUGCAGUCAGAGCAUGAACGACAGGCCAAAGAGCUGUCCCUGCUCAGAAAGACCAUGGAGGAGAUGGAGAUGAGAAUUGACUCUCAGAAGCAGACCUUGGGUGCCCGGGAUGAGAGCAUCCAGAGGCUGCUGGAGAUGCUUCAGGGUCAUAGUCAAGGUCAAGGUCAGGGACAGUGGGUUCGUGGACAGAGGACAGGCAUCAUAGCCAUGGCAGCACAGGAGGCUGAAACCCAGCUGGAAAACAUGCAUCUGAAAGAGGACACCAAAAUCUCUUCCUUGGAGAGGAACAUCAGAGACUUAGAGGAUGAGGUCCAGAUGUUAAAGACCAGUGGCCUGCUGCACCCUGAUGACAGGCAGGAUGAGCUCAAGCAGGUGGAGGUCUACAAGAGCCAUUCUAAAUUCAUGAAGACUAAGGAGCAGGCCUUGUCACCACGUGUGUCUCAGAGCUCCAUCAGACCAGCUCCCACCUUCCUCCUCCCCACCCAACAGCCCUGGAUCACAGAACAACCAGAAAUAGAGCAGCUGAAGCAGGAGCUCAGCAGGAAGGAGUCAGAGAUGCAGGCCCUGCAGACCAAAUUAGAAACACUGACGAAUCAGAACUCAGACUGCAAGCAACACAUUGAUGUGCUAAAGGAGUCACUCAAUGCUAAGGAGCAACGCGCCAAUACUCUGCAGACAGAGGUGGAUGCUCUUCGAGUUCGUCUGGAAGAAAAGGAGCAGUUUCUGACCAAGAAGACCAAACAGUUGCAGGACCUGGCAGACGAAAAGAGCACGCUAACGGGAGAGAUCAGAGACAUGAAGGACAUGCUGGAUGUCAAGGAGAGGAAGGUCAACGUACUGCAGAAGAAGAUCGAGAACCUAUUGGAGCAGUUGAAGGAUAAGGACAAACAGCUGGCUGGGUUAAGGGAAAGGGUCCAAGGCCUUCAAACCGACUCAAGCAACACAGACACGGCCUUGGCCACACUGGAAGAGGCCCUCUCCGAAAAGGAGCGUGUGAUUGAGAAUCUACGUGAUCAAAAGGAGCGAGAGGACAGGGUUCGGCUGGAGGAGCUGGAGCUGAUGAGGAAGGAGAACCAGGAACUGAAGGAUAAACUUUUUGCCCUGCAGCCCCAAAAACUAUCACACAGCCAGCCUAGCAAUCCUGGACUCACCCAGAACCAGAGGCCGGAACCAGAGGCACUUGCCAAAGCUGAUGGGCUACCAGUAGCGAGCCCUACAACCCAAAGCACAGAGGAAGCGGUUCGCAAGUGUCCAGACAUCACAGAUCGUUUGAGGCUUUUGGAGCAGGAAGUGGCCCGCUACAGAGAAGAAUCUGGGAAGUCACAAGCUGAGGUGGAGAGGCUAAUGGUGGCUCUGAGGGACUCUGAGAUGGACAGAUCAUGCAAGGACAAAAAGAUAGCCGAUCUUGAGAGACCAGGGCAAAUUAAGUCACCAAACAUCCAGAAGCAAACAGUUUCGGGUGAGAUGAGGAAAGAUGCCCUGACUGAUGGACAUCCACACUCUUUAUCACAGCUUCCACCUUCUGUAGCUUCCCAGGAUGCCAUGCGGGAGACGGCGGAACGAAUUGCGGAGCUGGAGAAGGCACUGAGGGAGAGCAUGAACACCUCGGCACAUAGGGAGGCGCUCUGGGCGCAGGAGGAGACUGCCCGUGUUCAGGCUCAGAGACAGUUGGAGGAGCUGAUGGGAGCUUUGGAAAAGACACGUGAGGAGCUGGACGCCACCAAGAUGCGUCUGUCCUCUACCCAGCAGUCUCUGCAUGAGAGAGAUGGACACCUCAACAAUAUGCGCCAAGAACGACGCAAACAGCUGGAGGAGAUUCUGGAGAUGAAACAGCAAGCUUUACUGGCAGCCAUCAGUGAGAAGGAUGCCAACAUCGCCCUUCUAGAGUUAUCCGCCUCCAAAAGGAAAAUAGCCCAGGAGGAAGUAAUGGCUCUGAAGCGGGAGAAAGACCGACUCAUGCACCAGCUCAAACAGCAGACCCAGAGCAGGAUGAAGCUCAUAGCAGACAACUAUGAGGAAGAGCACAUCCUCCCCCAACACCAUCCUCACCAUUCUCACCACUUGCAUCCGGCAAACAUGCAUCAUCGGAGCCUGCCAAGAGGGCCUCCCCAUGCCAACCACCGACCUCCCAUGGACCAGGAUGAUGAAGAGGGAAUAUGGGCAUGACGAUCAUCACCGGUUCAUCUUGUGUGCCGCUUUUGUUCAUGAUACCAGGAGAGCCAGGUACAAGAGAUUCAACUGCAAGAAUACACACUCAGCCCGCCAUACUGCCGAAACCCAUAUGUAAACGUACAGACACACACUCCAGGACAUACCUUUACAGAAUGUUGUGGACGCACAAUUCAGCAUCACAUGAAUUCAGUAAGACAAAAGCUGUGGCUGACUGAAGACCCUAGGAACAUUUUGGAUAAAUGUCCUUCACAAGAGCAUCAGUCAUCUGUCCACAGCUUCAAGGUACUGGCAAGCGGUCCACUGCCUUCAUUUCCCUUUGCUGUUUUUAAUAGACUUGGAGCUGGAUUCAUUUUUCAGAGUUCUGGCUUCACAUUAACCAACAAUCAUUUUACCACUGUUGACUACAAGUGUGGCUAAGCUGAGCCAGUGGAAGUCGCCGUAAACCCAUGCCAAUCCGAGACUGGUUUUAUCACGGCAUGAGCGUGUUUACUUCUUCAGCUAAAUACUGGACUUUUGUAAAUGUCACAACAUGGACCUCAAAAUCCACAAUCCACAGAGACCUUCUCAAUGUACCGUGCCAAAGGAGAUGUCCCCGUCCAGUGAAACAAAUUACUGAAACGGAUCUGCGUCGGAAUCCUGCGUGAUCCGAGACUACCCCGUAAACCACCCUAUUGCUCAUUUGUUUGCCUAUCUGCCACUUCCUUCUGAAGGAUUGCAAAGAAAUUACAAAUCUGGGCUUGAAGAUGCCCCACAAAAAACAGUUUGAGGAUCAGCUUUCACCUUCUCUAAAAUCAGGACCUUAAUUAACAAGGAAGGGAACACAGCUGACCUCAAAUCAAGCAGCUUACUGUAAGAACAGUGUGUUUAUACAUUUCUCCUUGUGUUCUUUUAGCCUGCUGUGUGUUUGUUUAAUGAACCAAUAUCAUGUUCUGUUUGGUUUUCUACAUCCGAAACAGUUUUGAGUGCCACUCUUCUUUUUUUUUUUUUUUUUGGAGUUGUAACAGCUGUGUGUGACUUACUUUUCUGACGAGUGAUGUAUUAUUUUACUGUCUAUUUAUUGAUCCUGUGAAUCUGAGUGACUACUCUGUUUAUAAUGAAGUGACUUGCAUUUCAAAGCACUGUUAUUACUUUUAUCACUGUACUGAAAGCUGAGGUGGUGAUAAUGUACAGUUUUGUGUUUUCAUUCAGCAGUAUAACAAUGUCUCCAUUAAGCCCUUACCUAAUAUGUACAGUUUUUGUACAGUGUGUGUGUGCGUGUGUGUGUGUGUGUGCAUGUGUGUGUGUGUGGUUUCAUGCAGCUCUCAUGAUUGUGAUGACUGUGAAAGUUUGAGGGUAACACUAUUCACCCUUGACUUGUUCCACAGUGUUUCUGCAAUGGUCAGCUUGUUUCUGUUGUUUGAAUAAAACUUGUUUUCACUAGAA